AUGAUGGCGGAAGAGGACGUUGACUGGACACAGGUGUUUGAUCGGGUCAAAGGUUCAAUCUUUUCCAUCCAGUUUGCUCCGAAACAAGACCAGCUCGAAGAACUCAAAAUCUUGGCUGAUGAGGUCAAGACAGUAAAAGAUAAAGAAUCGCGGUACGACAAGGUCAGGAAUGGGCAUUCUUCUACUGGUUUUGCCUACUAUUCUAGACCAACCGGACUGCUAAUCAUGACAAGUGCACACGGUUUGAGCCAUCUCUUCAAUGCGUUUCGACCUUUGACACGAGAGACACUGGAUAUGAUGGACAUUACUGUCUUAUGUGAUCACCAGGAAGAAACUAUUCAGGAAGCUAGGUUGGUUAAUGCUGUCAGGAAGUACGGCACUGCAACAGUAGCUGGGGUUGAUUCAGGUGAAGAUACAAUUGUUCUGAGUGUUGAGAACAGCAGCCUCAAGAAUUACUCAGACGAUGGCAUAUGCGCCCAAGCACACCCUACCCUUGAGAUCUCUGCCAAAACUCCAAUAAAUCAUAGGCAGUGCAUGAUGGUGUCUUGGCCGUCCAAUAUGCCUAGAAUGGUCUCUAUAGGUACAACUGUUUCUUCAAGGGGGAUUGACAUGCCCGAUCCUUUGGGGUACAACAUGAAUGUAUUGGAAGUCGACAUGAGAACUGCUGAGAGCUCGUCCGGGGCGCCACUGUUCAACUCAAACGGCGAGGUCAUUGGUAUUCUGCAAGGGAGACUGAGUCGGACCCGCUCGAUCUUCGUGGCGGGGUCACAUCUGCAUGGAUGGGUCCAAGCAGCUCAUGGCGCAUGA